AUGGUGCGCGGGGUCCUUUCCCACAGUCGACUGUGGAGGCAAGGAACCGGCAGCUUGACAGUGAAGAGUCUUAACCGAUUUGACGAUAGUGUCCCAAUCGCUGUCCUGCUCUCACCGCCGCCAACACUUCCGACGAGUGCGUACAAGACGUCUCGUCGCUCAGCAUACUCCGUGCUGCGGAGCCGAAACACACCCCCUACUGCCUGCGCGCAGAACUUGCUCUCCUCGCCAGAUACCACAGCCACGACAGGUAUAAAAAGUUGCUGCUGUGCGGCGCUGCUGUACCACGUGGCGGAGCAGUCGGGUCCUACCGCAGAGAAGCCAGAUCGUGAGCGAGACGACUUCGUUUUUGCUUUGAAACUCGCCUCUGAAGAGCAGUCACUGCGCGACUUGCUUGGUGAGGAGAGGUAUGCAAUGUUAGUUGGGCCCGCACUGACACAGGCACAGCAGGUGGGUCUCUGCCAGGACCUUCCGCAGCUGGGCGAGGGCGGUGGCACGUGGGUGGCACGAAUGCUACUUACACCGGAGGAGGACAAUCGUGUCAAAUGGUUGUUUGAGGACGAGACACCCACGUCCGCCACAUUUGCACGUGUACCGUCGUUCAAGGCAAUGUACGUUGCGUACCAUGCCGGAAGAGAGGAGCGGCUCGACUUGCGACAAUUCGAGGCCAUUGAGGAUCGCAUGAGAGAGAACCGAAUAGAAUGGGAUAUGUCUGACGCCGCCGUUGCCUGUUCGUUUUCGAUGAAACAUGAGAAACUUCGACCAUACCUUUGCCAUGUGGUGCAGCACACACUGCUGGGGAAUGGAGAGCCGUCUGCCGAGACGAACGCUGUGAAGAAGCCUGUUGCGACGUUGCGGCAUGUGCUGGGGGGCAUGCUUCUCCUGCAGUGCCUUAGACAAUUGAAACGUGAAGCACAGGAGGCCGAUGGCCACACGGCGCACCCUCCCACUUACUUGUUUGCAGCUGUCACGCAGCUGCUCGAACUUGCCGCUGCACUGCCGUCAGAUGAGGUGGCUGAUGUUGUUGGUAUUCUAGCCAAGCUUUGUCGAGAGAGCGCCUUGUCAUUUGCUGACAGUUGCGUUGUUCCCACGGAGAGCCUGCAGCUACCGGACUUUACGUUGUGGCUGCUGAAGGAGGCGCCCGAUACCGCCGCGUGUCACCAUCACUUCCGCCGCAUGGUGUUGCGCAGCCAGGCGGAGGCACUCGCGUUGCUGGAAAAGAGCGGCCUCUUAUUGACGCGUUCUAUUGAUCUUCGCGUGGUGGUGACUCUCCUGCUGCCGCUGCUCGAUGGUAGCGGGCAUGAGGAGUUUUUCUUCCUCGUUAUCCGUGAGGUACUGACAGGGCUGGAGGAGAGUCUCCGUCGCGAUGUGCACUGUUUCACCGCGGAGGACAUGCGUCUGAUUGCUGUGCUUGGCACACGCCUCUUUGAGGUGCAGCAGCAAGGGGAUUCUUUUGUGCACCACAGUAGCGGCAGCUUCGACGCCACCGCACGCGGUCAGCUGGAAGAACUGCAGGUGAUGGACGGCAGUCCCUGGGCGCUGGUGGCGCUGUCCUACAACUACCUCAAGGAGAUCGUGAGGGCGCUCGCCCGGGACCACCGGAAGCUGCAGGAGCAGGUGCAGGCGCAGAUGCGCAAUAUUGUGGAGGCUGUGACAGCUGAUGUGCCGGGUGGUAAUGAAGGGCAGCCGCUGCCACCACCCCGGGCGGACAAGAAGGAUGAUUCUUUUAAAAAGGCCCCAAUGACCUCCAACUUCGACAAGAAGAAGGAGGGUGAGGAGAAAAAGGAUGAGGCAAAGGANGGCAAUGCGGCCACCCCCACUACUGCCCCCUUGAACAGCAGUAGCAUCAACGACAGCAACAUCGAUACUGGCGGAAGGAGCAGAGCAAGCAGCAGCAGCAGCGGUCAGGGCGCGUCGCGGUUGCGGCUGUCAACACCGCCCUCUUUGCGGGAACGUUUUGUCGUGUUCAUUGAGGAGUUGGUGAAGGCUUUGGUAGACGAAACGGGAACACAGCACCAGAAAGGCAGGGUUGUCAGCAAAGAGCUGUUUGACUUUGUGAACUAUCAUGUGCCUAUUCCAAAUAUUCAUGAUGAAUACCGUCGCAAGAUAUUCCUCCUUGUUAACGUCGUUUCCGAAAAGAGUCCUGCGACUAAUAAGGGCACCAACAAGGAUAACAACGAAAACGGCGGCGGUGCAGCGAUAGACCCCAAUGAUGAGAUUCCAGCGGAGUUACGGCUACUCGUGACGUCCCUACCGCUCACACUCUCACCGUGGGCGGGUGUUAUGAUUCUGCGUGAGGUUCUGAGCGAGUCCGCGGGAAACAACCCUAGAUACAUGUAUGUGCUCAACGCAGCAAUUGACCUGCAACUACCCAUCUCUACAACACGCUCACGCAUCGCGACGACGCUCAACAUGUGGCAGUUUCUCAGCUCACAGGCGGAUAAGCUCACUGUAAAAGAACAGCUGGCGAUGAAGCAACGCUGCGUCUUCAAUUUACCUCUUUCUUACGUGAUGUCGUCAUAUUGGUCUCUCCUGACGUGGCUGUCGUUGCUGGCGAUAAUCGGGCUGAAUGUUGUGGGCCUAGACUUCGAGUCGCAAUACGUUGCCACACGCCUCUUUGAGGAAUUUGGACCACCAGAUGAUGUCCUUGCACCGGCACCGGAUCUGUGGAAUAAGGACGGGGCGGAGGAGCUCACUUCCAUCUACCUGGAAAACCCUGAGCUGAGCAGCAGCAGCACACAUCACCCGAAACGGCACCGCAGCUCAUCGGAGCUGCUGCUGUCUUCCGCGUCGUACCUUUUCCUCGGCACCGAUGACCAGCGCCGGCCCAUGACAGUUAUACCGAUCAGAAGCGACGAGUCUCUCACCGCUACUGAGCGUGCGGCGGAGGAGUACAGCUGCGCCUCCGCCGUGCUGCGGGAGUUAUCACUGCAGCUACACUUCCCAUUCUACCUUUCAAUCGAGCAGCAGCUCCCGGUGGAGCUUAUUAUCGCUCGUGUGGCGGAGCGUAUCCGACGCGUCUCCUUCGACAACGCAUGGUUCGUCAGUCGCGUCAUCUUUCGGACGUUCCCGCUGGGGCGGUACCACACUGAGUACGGUCUGGUUGCACACACCUGCGCACAGGCGAACCUCACGCGCCGCCGCAUGACGUUCCUGCUCUACUUCCACCAGGGUGCGCCGCUGCCUCCGCAGCUGUUUGUCCGCCUCCGCUCGAGUGUUCUGGCGCAGAACGGCAACCUCGUCGUGGUGGCGCACGAGGAAAGCCUGCAGAAAGGCGGCACCACCGCCGACACUUUCCGUGAACUUGGCGAGAGCGGCGCGGUGCGCUGCAUUCCGUACAGUAAGCAGUGGGCAAUGUCUGCAGAAGGGAGCACUGAGGUGACGACGAAGUUCGGCCCGGAACUGCCCACGGCGGUCGAAAAGUUCCGCGUGUUUGCGGCCAAGAUCUGGGGCGACGUGGCUGCGAAGGCGUGCUGGAUUGGGCAGAAGCACUGCGAGCAUCUUUCCGGCCGGCGAGGCAUGUCCGAGGUGUUUUCUUCAAAAGCGCCGGCCGGGGCUUCUGCUGCUGCUGCGAUCCCCCUGGACUGGAUUGCUGCGCAGAGCGAGUUGGCGGGUGGAGAUCCGUUCCGUCGGUUUUUGUAG